CAGUGCAGCACUCCAAAACCGCUUGUGUACUUCUAAAUAUGCUUCUCUAAUCUACCAGAUACUACAUCUAAGGUGAAUGUGAUAUAGAAGUGAGGAAUAGUUGUUCAAUCAGUGUUCGAUUACUGUCAAGCAGACCACCCAGAGACAAACAGGCCACUUACGGUCAUUUUAACAAUACACAUUGAAUCUGGCCUAAAAUGCCGGUGCCCGAAUCGGCAGUGGUGCAUCCAUUGGUGCUAUUGAGUGUGGUGGACCACUACAACAGAGUGGCACGCGACACCAAGAAGCGUGUUGUGGGCCUGCUAUUGGGAGAGCAUUCCAAAGGGCGUGUAGAUAUCACGAACAGUUUUGCUGUCCCAUAUGAGGAGGACGACAGGGAUCCCUCCAUCUGGUUCUUGGAUCACAGCUAUCUCGAGAGCAUGUUCCAGAUGUUCAAGAAAGUGAACGCGCGCGAGAAAGUGGUAGGCUGGUAUAGCACUGGCCCCAGGUUGAGAGAAGCUGACCAGGACAUCACAGAGCUCAUGACCAACUACUGUGACACCCCCCUCCUGGUCAUCUGCGAGGUCCAGCCGAAGGAGAUGGGCCUGCCCACAACUGCGUACUAUGCCACUGAUGCGAUCCGAGAGGAUGGAACGCAGAAGAGCCAGAAGGUGUUUGUGAACAUCCCCACCGAGAUCGGCGCCACCGAGGCUGAGGAGAUAGGUGUGGAGCACUUGCUGCGGGAUGUGAAGGAUGCCACAGUCAGCACACUAGCGGCGGAAGUCAGCACCCUGGCGGCAGGCCUGAGCGGGCUCAAGUCACGGCUGCUGCAGAUUCAGGAGUACCUCUCCCUGGUCAUUGGCGGCAAGCUGCCUGUGAAUCACGACAUCCUCUACCAGCUGCAGGAUGUCUUCAACCUGCUGCCAAAUCUGGGCAUUGAGGAGCUGGCGCGCUCAUUCGCCGUGCAGUCCAAUGACAUGAUGCUGGCCAUCUACCUUGCCUCCCUUACGCGCUCUGUGCUUGCCCUCCACAACCUCAUCGACAACAAGGAGCAACGGGUAUAUCGAGAAAAGGAGGCGAGCAAGGCGACCAAGGAGGUCAAGGGGCCUAAGGGAGAGCAGAGCAGCACUGACAAGAAGGAUGACAGCAGCAAGAAGGCCGAUGGUGGCGAAGCGGCUCCCCACUCCAAUGGCAACAUUGACGGCCCAGACAGCAAUGGUAAAUGAUGUGCUGGGGUUGAAUUGCACCCAUGCCAUGAUGUGGCUUGUGUGAGAGGCUCUACAGCUUGACAGGGGAGAGCGCUGGAUGUGGGCAUCUGUCCCUGUACACUAUGCGUGUGACCAAGUUGCUGUUCAUUCACUGGCAGUCUUGACUUCUGUUGCUGGUCCAAGUGGGUGCUACAAACAGAGCAGAACCUUGCUGUGUGACACUGCGAGAAAGACCUGCAAUCUUGUAAGUGCUGUAUGCAAUGGC